AUGGGCGUGAAGAGGACACGCUCAUCCAAAGAGUCGCUGGAUGAGCCGCGACCAACCAAGCGACGCGCCAGCGACGAUGUCUCUGCGCAAGACGAGAACAAUGGCGUCGAGAAAGAUAAUCCGUCUCCAAAGACGAUCGUUAAUGGAGAACCCCAGACGCCAUCGCGCGUUGCCGCUUCGCCCGCCGACUCCGUCUCCGGUCGUCGCGAGUCGCACGCUGUCCCAACAGUCACCCGCAACCUUCUUGGUGGAGACUUGGUUCUCUCCAAAUCCAACAUUUGGACACUGGUUCAUGAUCCAGCAACUCAGAGGAUUCUAACCAGAGUGCCGGAUUCGACUCUUAGCGAGAUCCAGACUUCCGUUCGGAUCGCGCAAGAUGCGCAGAAGACAUGGCGGACGACGUCUUUCUCAGAACGGAGAUCCUUGCUCUACUCUCUCGUCCAUAUAAUUCGAGCCAAUUCUCAGAAAAUUGUGAGUUUAGUCCGGCAGGCCGGUGUCUUGCAUAUCGACCACAAGCUUACCCCGGUUUCUUUCCAGGCAUACUGUAUAUCUCUGGAAGAGGGGAAGACCAUAGAUGAUGCCAUGACGGAGGUAGUGCGGGCAACUGAUAUGAUUGAAUCAGCGUGUGGUAUCCCGAACACUUCCGGGCAGUAUGUAUCUCUCAAAUCGACCGAGAGUCAUACAAUACAUGAGCCUCUUGGAGUGUGCGUUGUCUGUACUCCAUUCAACUUCCCAUUUCUUAUACCCCUUUGGUUCAUCCCAUACGCUCUUAUUACGGGCAAUGCGGUCAUUCUCAAGCCAUCGGAAAGAUGUCCAUCGCCGGCAAUGAUGCUAGGAGAAUUUAUAUUGGAAGCGGGAUUUCCCACAGGAAUUGUCAACAUUGUACAGGGAAGUUCUGUAGCUGUCGAAAAGCUACUGGCCCAGCCUGCUGUCAGCGCGGUUUCUUUCGUCGGUUCUGAAGACGCUGCUGACCACGUCUACAAGAUCGCAACGGCAACGCGGAAGCGGAUACAAGCAGAAUGCAGUGGUAAGAAUCACGGAGUCAUUUUGGAAGAUGCGAAUAAAGUCCAGACGCUCUACGCAGUGGCUGGCGGAGCUUUCGGGGCGGCCGGACAACGAUGCAUGGCCCUGAGUGCCAUUGUCUUUGUUGGCUCGACUGCGGAAUGGUUGCCAGAGCUGGUUGAAAUCGCCAAAUCACUCAAAUUAGGGUGCGGUCUGGAUAAAGGAACAGACAUUGGCCCACUCAUCAGCAAAGCCGCCAAGGAACGCGUUGAGGAGAUCAUUCAAAGUGCCGUCGAUGAGGGCGCAGAGGUGAUACUUGACGGCCGAAACCCGGAGGUCCCAGAAUAUCCUAACGGCAAUUUUGUCGGACCAACGAUUAUUACCGGCGUCCAACGCUACAUGCAAUGUUACCAGCAGGAGAUAUUCGGGCCUGUGCUUGUUUGCCUUGAGGCGCAAGAUCUCGACGAGGCAAUCGAGAUCGUGAAUGAGAAUCGCUGGGUUCCUCUAGUUGGAAACGGAUGUUCGAUAUUCACGACCAAUCCAGUCAAUGCGCAGCACUUCCAGCGCCACGUCAACGUUGGUCAAAUAGGAAUAAAUGUGCCCGUAUUUGCCUCCAACGGACAAUUGCCCCGGACGACAAACAAAGACUCAUUCAUGGGAGAGGGGCCCCUUUUACCAAGACAAGACACAUGGUUCAAGGAAGAAGUUGAGAUGAUGGAUGUUUUUGUUCAAGCUCUAACUGAAGAUCAUAAGGAGGGCAAGGUCAAUCGCACACGGUCUUACCACUACAGUGUGCGUAUCUAG